AAUCUCCUUACCCUCAAAUCAUUUAAAAUGGGCAAUGGGCUGGAUUUCUUCACGUCCGUGAUAGGCUCAUCGGUCCUUCCAAAGAAGCUAUCGUGUAUAGAGGGGAGAACAAUGAUGGAGCCGGCCGUGAUUGGAUGCUGGCUUGGAACACAUCCCGCAUGAAUUAUCAGAAUCGCGUGUACGCUGAAAUCCAUACGGCCGGUGGUUUUGGUUCGGCGAACUGGAACGCCAUUGAUAGUAAGAUGGAUAGUCAAACGAAUAAUUACUCUACCACCGCGCUCGGAGGCUUCGCCAGUGCGUCGAUUGGCGCAGGCAGUUCACCGGAAUUUGUUGGAAUCUUGUCCCUGGAAGGUUUGGGAUCCAAUUUUAUGGCGAUGGCCAGUGAUGUUAGCGUCGUCUCGCAGUCGCUUGAUUCCAAGUAUGUGGAUGAUGUUGAUGAAGCCGAUGAGGAAGCUCCUGCUGAAUAAUGAAGCUGGCUGGCUGGCUGGCUGGCUGGCUGAUUAGAACCACUACUAUAUAUAUGCCUAAGAAAAUAAGAAUAAGAAUAAUAAUCAUAAAGCACUCGAGCAGUACUGUUAAUUAAUUAAUUAAUUAUGUGUGCAUGUUGUGUUUGGAAGGAGAUGAUAGUGUGGUGUGUAUCCGAAUAAUUAACAUGCUUCUUCUUGUUGCAUGUGCCUUAGACCCGUGUUGACCUUGGACGGGUUGACGAGAGUACUGAGACGAAUGUAUUCGUCUUUUUGCCAACAUGUACCUUAGAUCCAUGAAUUUAAAGUCAUGAGUGUUACCUGUUAACUUAA